UUGAGGGAUGCCCGCUGAGUGUCCUGCUCGCUCAGGUGUGUCAGUUGGCUGUGAGCCACGGGUGUUGCAACUUGGAAUAACUGAAUGCCAUAUGUGGCUUAUGAAGUAGCCGAUAUCUUGUGGGACAGUGUCAUGUUUGUGGAUCUCAAUAGCUUCUCCGAUACGACGGGUGUACCAGUGUUUCUCUGGGGCUAUGAUUUCCGCUUGUUCCCAAUCAACAACAUGAUCCAGAUCAGCAGAGUGUUUGACAAUUGCCGAUUUGUCAAGUUCCCCUCUGCGGCCGUGAGCUAUGUGUUCUUUAAGCCUGGUAGUGAGGUCUCUGCCAGUCUCGCCAGUGUACACUUUGCCACAUGAGCAAGGAAUUCGAUCUGCUAAGUGGGUGGUAUCAACAGGGCGAGAUGACCUACGUGACAGGCCAGCGGACUACCGCUACAGAAACUGCAGGAUAUGCUCCGAGCAUUUUGAAAAACGUCAAAUCCUGUGCACCGGAAGACUGGUGUGGAAUGCAGUUCCCACUGUGUUCAGUGUCUCGGACUUGCCUCCGAAGCGAAAGCGAGCGAGAAGAGGUGCUGGUACCGGAAGCACUGGGCCUACUACUACUACUACUACUACUACUACUACUACAAGAAGCCCCGAAAAGACAUGUGAGCAAGAUUCAGACGUGAGCCCGGAUACGGAACAAGAUCCAGCAGACCACAGCUAUGCGAGGGCCACAGAAACUACCGAGGCAAGCACUACCAGUGAGGCAAGCACUACCAGUGAGGCAGGCACUACCAGUGAGGCAAGCACGACCAUUGAGGCAAGCACUACCAUUGAGGCAAGCACUACCAGUGAAGCAAGCACUACCAGUGAGGCAAGCACUACCAGUGAGGCAAGCACUACCAGUGAGGCCAGCAGGUGUGAUGUACAAUUACAAUCCACGCCUUCACAGACUGAUCCAGUGCUCACACUCACAGAAGCCCCUCCAGACACUGCAGAGGUUGCGACAAUGUGCAAUCUCGCAAAGUCCACAGACCGGGUCAAAAUAUUUCGACUCAAAAAGAAGGUCAAAGUUUUAAAGGCCAGCGCUGAAACAACGAAAGACCCCACUGUUACGGUUAAAGACAUCGUCGAAGAAUCGGCCAAAUACCUCGACGAAACCACCCUGCAUUUCUUUGAAAGUCAGCUGCAAAUCGGGACAAAACGAACCAAGGGUAGACGCUACACGAAUAGUGACAAACGCAAGGCUUACGCUCUGCUCUGCCAGAGCCCCGCGGCCUACAGGUUCUAUCGCAAGCUCAAGCUGUUCGCCUUGCCGAGCGACCGCUGCUUACGGAGGUGGUUGAAGAGCGCGCCGGCUCAGCAGGGUUUGAACGACGCCAGCUUUGAGGGCCUGAAGCAGACGGCCAGAACCAUGUCCGAGAGGUUGUACUCCGCAGUGAAACUCUACAACCAGGACCUGACUAAAGGAAAGAUUCACAAGAAGAAAAAGACAGACAAGAAGGCAAAGAGGAAGGACAAACAAUUACCGGCUCCGGUAUGUGAAACAUCCCUUGAGGCUGUUGAAGCUGUUGAGUCUGUGUAUAGUUUGCUAGCAUUUGCUCAAGAGGUGUCAAUUUAACCCUAUCUCCCUAGGCAGUUUUGCUAGGAUGUAACCUCAAUCCUGCAAAAUCCCCCAAUUGCCUCCAUGUAAAAAUGAAUACAGCCUCAAUCCUACAAAAUGCUCCGUUGUUUUCUUGAAUAUGGUCGUUGGAGGAGUGACUACUGCCUCAAUGCUGCAAAAUCCUCCGGCAAUCACUGUCAUUACAAUGUAUGUUGAGGCAAAGCCAGUGACAUCCUGGAGCAGUA